ACAUCAAUUUAAGCAGACGAUAACUAAUUCCGAUUUCUCCAACUCCAUUCGUAUUUAUAUUAUGGUAGAAUUUUACUAGAAAAAUUGUUAAAAGCUAUCAAAUACUUUAGUGAUCUAUUUUCUGUUUCAUGCACCCUAAAAAUAAAUAAAAAAUGGAGAUAAUACUUCAUGUUUGAAAAGUGGAAUCCCCUUUGGAUGACAUGUUCAGAUUUACUUUCCAUUGACAAGCUAACAAUGGGCCAAUGCCUAUGUUGUGAAGAAAAAGAUGGGGAAUCGCCCUCCUUUUCAGUGCCUCAACCCGAAACUGCCAACAGCGUCCCCAGCCCCUUACAGCCUAGUAUUUCUGUUGAUAGAGACAGAAGUUUUCCUUCCCAUGUCAUACCAGCUUCUGAAGCCUCUCAUCUCAGGCGGAUGCUACCCCACAUUGACAGCUUGGUUUUACAAACUUUAGCUGUCAUUGGGAACUUGGUUGAAAAUGAGCAAGAAACACCCCCUUCAAUGCUAAGACUCCAGGCCCUUUCUAACAAAGGUCAUGGUUGGUUGCUUGUACUACAUUCCAUGGUAAAUGUAAUUCCCAUCAAUGAGCCCCUUGGACCUGCUGUCAUAACACUGGUGCUAGAUGACUGCGCCUUACCAGCAAAGGAUUCAAUAACCAAAGUUCCCAGGAUGUUUUGGCUGUCAGCCAAAGCCAGUAAAAGGGGUAGAUCAGAUCCUAAUCGCCACAGGAAUAUUUGUAUUGCUUUAGGCUGCAUAGCAGAGAAACUAGCAGGACCGACAAGUGUAGCAUUAUUAACUGAUAGCACACUGGAUUAUCUUAUUGCAAACUUGGAUCCAUUAAAUCACCCAUCUGUAGUACUGUUUUCAUUGAUUGCUCUUGAGAAAUUUGCUCAAACAAGUGAAAACAAGAUUGCCCUAAAUAAAAGAUUCCAUCAAGAAACACAGCAUCCACUUUUGGUGUUGGAGAAAUGGAGAUCGGCUGAGGAUUAUAUGAAACGCCAAGUUGGAUUCUGCUCUGAGUGGUGUCUCGAUAAUCUCUUUGUGAGCGAGGGCCGGUCAUUCACUUACGAACGCACAGAUACAAGUGCCAUCAAUGUUAUGUUAAAUAGCCAAGAUGUAAGCGAAUAUUUAAAAAUCGCCGCCAAUGGUCUAGAAGCUCGCUGCGAUGCUUCUUCAUUUGAGAGUGUCCGCUGUACAUAUCAAGCGGAUGCCGGUAUCUGGUAUUAUGAAGCUUUGAUUGUCACACCUGGAAUCAUGCAAAUUGGGUGGGCCACAAAAUCAAGCAAAUUUUUAAAUUAUGAAGGCUAUGGCAUUGGCGAUGACGAGUAUUCUAUUGCGUACGAUGGCUGUCGCAACUUGAUUUGGUAUGAAGCUGAAUCAAUACCACAUACACUUCAGCAAUGGAAACCCGGAGAUAUUCUCGGUUGUCUACUGAAUAUCGAUAGAGAGGAAGUGAUAUUCUCAUUGAAUGGGGUUGCUCUUAGCCCCAAUUCGCAGCUUUUCAAAUCUGCCAAAAGUGGCUUCUUUGCUGCAGCAAGCUUCAUGUCGUUUCAGCAAUGCGAAUUUAAUUUCGGCAGCAAACCAUUUCAAUUUGCACCUAGUGGAGUCGUCGUAUGUGCUUUUAACGACCAUGCACUUUUGACUCCAGAGCAAAAAAUAAUAUUACCAAGAUCCAAAAAGCUAGAGCAAUUGAGACUUACCAACAUCCACGAAGAUUCUUGCUCACUAUGCUGCGAUGCCCCAGCUGUCAUAACGCUUUUACCAUGUCGUCACCAAGGAUAUUGCAGUGGCUGCGCGAGGCAGUUGGAAUCUUGUCCACUUUGUCGCUCUUCAAUCCAAGAACGGGCUGUUCUAAGUUCUUAAGGGAAACUUAAAAUUAUUAUUAUUAUUUUUUUACUUUCAAAUAGAGGGGCUUCUUGUCAACUUCA